AUGCAUCCUAGCGCUCUUCAGCAGCGCGAUGACGACCCCACGGAGCAAUUCCUGAAGCUCAUCUCGAAUCCAUUCUCAUCUGCCUUCCAAGUCAACGCCAUCUGGGCUUCAUUAGCCACCUCCGCGGGCUUCUCCAUACUCUUAGCCUUAUUGUUCUCCCUCUUCCGCCCUCGCCAUUCGGUCGUCUAUGCGCCCAAGGUGAAACAUGCCGAUAAUAAACACACCCCGCCGCCGGUGGGUAGGGGCUUUUUCGCCUGGCUCAAGCCCGUUCUGCGGACCAAGGAGCCGGCGUUGGUCGAAUGUAUUGGUCUCGAUGCGACCAUGUUUGUUCGCUUCACCAAGAUGUGCCGGAAUAUCUUUAUCUUCUUGAGCAUCAUCGGCUGCGGCCUCAUGAUUCCGCUCAAUCUCACACAGAGCACGGGAGAUACGGUGUCUCAGUAUGGUGCCUUCUCGACGAUGACCGUGCUCUACGUGACAUCCAACGCAAUUUGGGGCCAGGUGAUCUGCGCAUGGGCCUUCGAUGCAAUCAUUGCUUUCUUUCUCUGGAGAAAUUACAAGGGCGUGCUGGCGCUACGGAGGAAGUAUUUCGAGAGUUCCGAAUAUCAGCGCAGUCUUCAUGCGCGAACCUUGAUGAUCACUGAUAUUCCUCCCGCAGCUCGAGGGGAUGAAGGCGUUUUGCGUCUGACAGAUGAGGUGAACCCGACCGCCGCCGUCCCGCGAGCCUCCAUCGGCCGAAACGUCAAGGGACUACCUCGCCUGAUCAAGGAACACGACGAAACUGUGCGCGAACUCGAAGCAGUCCUGGCCAAGUACCUUAAACACCCAGAUCGUCUUCCACCGAAACGUCCAACCAUGCGCCCUCCGCGGAAGGAAAGAAAGGAGCACACCAAUGGCCGCGUGGAUGCCAUUGAUUAUUUGACGGACAAGAUUAAAAGACUGGAAGAAGAGAUCAAGCACGUUCGAUCCUCGAUUGACCGGCGCAAUGCCAUGCCCUUCGGUUUUGUCAGCUGGGAUAUGAUUGAGCAUGCCCAUGCCGUUGCUUAUACCGCGCGCAAGAAGCACCCGGAAGGAACUACAAUUGUUCUGGCGCCCCGGCCCGAUGACCUCAUUUGGGAAAACCUGCCACUGUCGAAGGCCGCGCGCAAGUGGAAGCGGUUUCUUAGUGCAAUCUGGGUGUCGCUUCUUACACUGGUGUACGUCGUACCUAACGGCCUGAUUGCGAUCUUCUUGUCCAAUUUGAACAACCUGGCCUCGGUCUGGCCGGCAUUCAAGACAUCGAUGGAUAACAGUCCUUACAUCUGGGCUGCAGUCCAGGGUAUCCUGUCCCCCGCGGUGACCUCCCUUGUUUAUAUUGUCUUGCCUAUUAUCUUUCGUCGGUUGGCAAUCCGAGCCGGCGAUGUCACCAAGACCUCCCGAGAGCGCCAUGUCCUCAACAAGCUCUACACUUUCUUUGUCUUCAACAAUCUGAUCGUCUUCUCCUUGUUUUCUGCGGCGUGGACAUUCGUGUCCGCCGUCAUUGACGCAGAGCGCUCCGAUGAAAACGCCUGGCAAGCGAUCAAGGAUGGGAAGCUCUAUAUCAAAAUUGUGAACGCUCUGUGCCAGGUCUCGCCAUUUUGGGUGACAUAUUUGCUGCAGCGUAAUCUCGGAGCCACAAUUGACCUCAUUCAACUGGUCUCGGUCUUUUGGGUCUGGUUCUCCAAGACGUUUCUCUCGCCGACGCCUCGACAGGCUAUUGAGUGGACAGCUCCACCGGCUUUCGACUACGCAAGCUACUAUAACUACUUCUUGUUUUACGCGACCGUGGCCCUCUGCUUCGCUACCUUGCAGCCAAUUGUCCUCCCGGUUACUGCUUUGUACUUUGGCCUGGAUGCCAUGAUGAAGAAAUACAUGCUCCUGUAUGUCUUCGUGACGAAGACGGAGUCUGGGGGCCAGUUUUGGCGGGUCUUGUUCAACCGCAUGCUCUUUGCCGUGAUUCUGUCUAACAUCAUUAUUAUUAUCGUGGCUACCGCCAAGGGCACGUGGACUAUGGUUUAUUGCGUGAUUCCCCCUCCUCUCCUGAUGUUGGCCUUUAAGUUUUACUGCAUGAGGAAGUUUGACGACGACAUCACGUUCUACAACCGCGCAAACUUGACAGACGCUGAAGCCCUGGCGGUCAGCAAGCCGAAUAAGAAAGCAUCAGAGCGGCUCAACUCCAAGUUCGGCCACCCGGCUCUCUACAAGCCUUUGAUUACGCCGAUGGUGCACGCCAAGGCUGCGGAGGCCCUGAAGCGUAUCUAUAGCGGCCGGCUGGGAACGUUCGAGGGCGAGGGUGAAUACUCCGACAUCGCCAUGGAUGCCAUGUCGUCUUCGCACCCGGGCAAGUCCAUGAUGGACAAUGCAGACCCAGCUCCGUUCGAAGUGGUCCCGGAGAACCAUCUGGAUUUCUCAUACUACAAGAACCGCCCGGAUUUCCGGGACGAGUUUGGCGGAGGUAUCUACGGCCGGCCCGACGAUCUGAUGACCGAACGCUCGCACACACCGGCCAGUGCGCUGGGAGAAUGGUCGCCAACCUCCUCGCGGGCGUCGUCUCCCGCUCCAUCACUGCCGUCGUCGCUGUCCGGCUUGAAGCCACAUGACACAUACGACCCGACGUUGAAUGAGCAUAUUCAUCCCGCUUUCCGCGUGCCGGCCCCGAUGAGUGGUGGAUUCUAUCAGCAGCGAAACGAGAGCGAGACGGAGUUGCUCCAUCAUGCGCAGGGCCCGGCGGUGAACGAGACGGUGACGCCGCUGGAUCGGUGGCGGACGAGGGGAUAUGGACCUGUAGAGCAGGACGACCCCAGCUUCACCUCGUACGAACACUACCGCAUGCCACGGUGA